UUUUUUGGGGAAGUGAAGGUGAUGCGGAACACCUAUUAAGAAACGUCUUAUUGGAAGGGAUGCGCCUUAAACAUUUUUCAAGUCUACUGUAUUCUGCUCCUUUAUUGUCAUCAUCAGCACAACAAUCGGCAUAACUAUCAAAUUACUUUGUUUGCAGUUCUCCAUGUGACAUCAUUGGUGAUGUUAGCUACGAAGAGUUGAGAGCAGCAGCAUAUGAUGAUGCUAAGCGUGGAUUGAGCUUGCAGUCAAUUGUUGAGAGAGAAAGGAAUUUACUCAAUGCUAAGUUGCUUGAAUUCGAAAACCUACUCCGUAAUCCUUAUGCAGUUCCACAAAAUCCUUCUAUUGCUACCCAAAGUGCUUUUCCUGGGGCCACUCCAAGUGUCUCUUCAAUGACUGCUCAAAAUAGCAACCCUCCUUCAGUUUCAAGUUUCAGUCAACUCGGUGCAUCACUUAAUAUGGGGUUUGGAAUGAGGCCUGCUACUCCUACAAAUAAUGCUUUUGGUUCCACUCAAAUUUCCAGUCAGACUACUAGUGUAUUUGAAACCAACAACUCGCCAUUUGGAAGUUCAGGUUCAUUUGGCGGUCAACUUCGUAACCAGUCAUUUGGAAGUUCCUUUGCCUCCAACGCUGCAAGCUUCAGCAACAGUGGCGUUAGUGCUGAACGAAACCCAUUUUUUACUUCGGCAGUGUCACCACAAGUUCCAAGUUCAGCAAGUUUCCAGUCAUCCAUACUUCCGAAUGGGCCAAACUCUGCCUCUACUGCAGUUGAACAAUUAUCUGUGAAUGUGGACACAAUUGAUAAUAUGACAAGGAAGAAUGGUGCAGUGGAUGAUGCCAUCUGGUUGAAAGAGGAAUGGAAUCCUGGAGAGGUAAAAGACUGUUCAUUUGACAUUUAUAUUUAGUGUUCAUGCUUAAUUUUCCUUUCGCAUUAUUAUUAUUAUUAUUAUU